AUGGAGGUGAAGGUGAUGAGCUCUAGGCUUGUCAAGCCGUCCUAUCCACCAGGUGUGCCACAACCAGACACCACCGAGCAUGUGCCUUGUUCGGUGUUCGACAAGAUCACAUACCACAUACAGAUGGCCAUCAUCUACGCGUUCUCACCGCCGGUGCCCUCCAUCGCCGACAUUGAGCAUGGCCUUGCCGCCGUGCUGGGUGUGUACCGGGCGUUCGCUGGCCAGGUCCGUCCGGGCCCGGAUGGCGAGCUCGGUGUGCUGCUCAACGACCAUGGCGCGCGACUCAUCGAGGCGUCCGUGGACGCCCACCUCGCUUAUGUUGCACUAGCGAAGCCAUCGCCUGACGUGCAGCAGCUGCACCCAGCUGGGUUGGAGGCCGAGAUCGAGGAGCUCACGAGGUUCACAUGUGGCUCGCUCAUCGUGGGGUUCACCGCAAACCACGCCGUCGCUGACGGUCGUGCCACCAGCAACUUCCUCGUCGCAUGGGGUCGCACCGUGCGCGGGGUCCCGAUCGGCCCUACACCACCACCCGAGGCACUUCCCGCUCCGAGACACACCGUGCUUUGA